CGAAAAUGUGAACUUUUUCGGAUUGGUGUAGACUGUAGAUAGAUUCGGAUUGGUUUUGAUACAGUUUUCGGAAUGAUUUGGAAUUAAUUUCUAUCCGAAACUUUCUCCAGGGACAAAAAUUAAAGGGUGGGAGAUAUAAAUACAAAAGUACUUCCCUGUACUCUGGGCCAGUGAACAUUCGACAUAACCUUCAAAGUUCAAAUUAGAAAGGAAUUAUCAUCAUUGUGAUCGUGUGAUUGUGAUAUUGUACAUGUGUACAAGAUAAAAAGUUGUUGAAUUACUUUUGAUAUUAUUAUAAAGUAACGAGAAAUUCAGAAUGUCAGCAAAAGGGAAGAAGAUGAAAAGUAAAAUUUCCGAAAGACGGAAACGUCAAGUGGUCGGCAAGGAGGAAAGGUAUCGUCAGGAACAAGACAGAUCUGACAAGGAAGAUGAAUCAGAACCUGAAGAAGAAACACCAAUUUCCUUUCCCGUUGCCAUGUGGGAUUUGGAACAUUGCGAUCCGAAAAAAUGUUCUGGCAGAAAAUUGGCCAGACACGGACUAGUGAAAACACUUCGAUUGGGCGCUCGAUUUGCUGGAUUAGUGUUGACACCAGUUGGCAAAAAAUGUGUGAGUCCAACAGACAGAGAGAUUGUUCAAGAGCAUGGAUGUGCAGUCGUUGAUUGCAGUUGGGCUCGAUUAGAUGACACACCAUUUUCUCGAAUGAGGACACCUAAUCCAAGACUACUGCCCUUUCUCGUAGCAGCAAAUCCCAUUAAUUAUGGGAAGCCAUGCCAAUUAAGCUGCGUCGAAGCAAUAGCUGCCACUCUGAUUAUUACCGGAUUUCCAACUGAGGCUGAUUUUUACCUUGGAAAGUUUUCCUGGGGUCACUCUUUUGUAGAGUUGAAUUCAGAAUUGUUGGAAAAAUACGCUGGCUGUGCCACUGCAGAGGAGAUCAUACAUGUUCAAGAAAAGUUUCUAGCAGAUGCGAGGCAGGAAAAAAUAGACAGACUUGCCAUGCCUGAUUUUCCACCAACAUCGUCAGAAAGCGAGAGUGAGGACGGUGAGAGUGAAAAGGGGGAAAUGGUUAUAGAAAAAAGUUCGGUAUCGAAAAAAGAAACAGUAAGCAUAUCAGGCACGUGAUAGAAAAUCUCAAGUAUUUCGAAAAUUUUACUUGCUGUAAAUUUUACUGCUGUAUAUGUAAUUUAUAUAUUCGACUGUAUUUAAAGUUCAUUUAACGGAGAAAAUAUUAUUGCAAUUACCAUGCA